GAGGCUUUCCCCCCCCCCCAGCUCAGUCUUUUUCAAAUGUUCUCCCUUCCCGCCGGAAUAAUGCUGUCAGUGGAUAUAUGUUUCAAGUUUUCGGAUUUCGAAACGGGUCUACUGAAACGGAUUAAGAAGAUCGAGGGGCCGACGUUUUAACGGAGUUGGGAAUAAUUAGGCGGCGCCGCUCUAACUCAGUUGUCCGUGUCUCUGGUCCACCGGGCCGGUUCACUGCGCAGGUUUGGACCGCGCGCCAUUUUGUGAAAAUUGACACAAAAUUCCUGACCAAAAAUUAUAAGAGGACGCCGCUUCUGUUCGGUGACUAGGAUGCUCUGGAUGUAACCGCGUUGUCGUGCCCGUCGAAGAGACCGACGCAUUGGCUGCAAAGACGGCGUUAAAUCAGAAUUUGGCGUAACGUUUAUUUAGAGGCAGCUACAGUCGUUAGCUUCAGGCUAGUAGUCAGGGCAAGCGGCUAACGUUAGCUGCGUUCAUUUUGUCAGCUAGCGCUAGUUAGCAUGUUGCUUGUCAUCAGCUGAUUUAAAAACAUUUGAUAAAUUUGCUCCGAUCGUGGAUGUUGGUCAUCGCAACCUUGGACAUGAAGCGCACACAGGAUAUGACUGACGAGUUUUUUUAGGAGUUUUUUUGCCGGCCAGAGGACGGGGGGAUUGGAUUUACUCGCUAACCCGUACAGGGAGGGGAGAAUCUCGAACUGGAUAAGUUUCCUCAUCAUACAGUUUAUUGGACUUUAAAUGAAGAUCGUGCCAUCAGAGUGGAUUGUGGUUUCCUGCUGGACUCUCCUUCCAGGAUGAUAUGAAAUUUUACAGAAGAUGCAUCCAGGUUGGCUGAUGUAUGGGAAACCUUAAACCCAUUGGAGGAGAGACUUAAGCAUGCAAACCUUCGUCCGUCCGGCUUGCGCCCUCUUUUUCUUUACACACUGCUGGUCUUCAGAUGGCUGCUCCAAUGCCCCAUACGCACCAGCAGUACAGUGACCGCCACCAGCCAAGCACUGACCAAUCUGUUACGGUCUUACCGUACAGCGACCAGACACCACAGCUCACUGCCAAUCAGAGGCACAUGCCCCAGUGCUUUCGUGACCCAACUUCAGCUCCCCUGAGGAAGCUCUCCAUUGACCUUAUCAAAACAUACAAACACAUCAAUGAGGUGUAUUAUGCAAAAAAGAAGAGACGGCACCAACAGGGUCAGGGUGAAGACUCCAGUCACAAAAAGGAGAGGAAAGUCUUUAAUGAUGGCUAUGACGAUGAUAACUACGACUACAUCGUCAAGAAUGGGGAGAAGUGGAUGGACCGUUAUGAGAUUGAUUCCUUGAUAGGAAAAGGGUCAUUCGGACAGGUUGUAAAAGCGUACGACCGAGUAGAGCAAGAAUGGGUCGCCAUUAAGAUCAUUAAGAACAAGAAGGCUUUCCUCAACCAAGCCCAAAUAGAAGUGCGCCUCCUGGAGCUGAUGAACAAACAUGACACCGAGAUGAAAUACUACAUCGUUCACCUAAAGCGACACUUCAUGUUUCGGAACCACCUCUGCCUCGUGUUCGAGAUGCUUUCGUACAACCUCUACGACCUGCUCCGAAACACCAACUUCCGCGGCGUCUCGCUCAACCUCACCCGGAAGUUUGCCCAGCAGCUAUGCACGGCACUACUCUUCCUGGCCACGCCUGAGCUCAGCAUCAUCCACUGUGACCUGAAGCCAGAGAACAUUCUCCUCUGCAACCCCAAGAGGAGCGCCAUCAAAAUAGUGGACUUUGGCAGCUCAUGCCAACUGGGACAAAGGAUUUACCAAUAUAUCCAGAGUCGCUUCUACCGUUCCCCAGAGGUGCUGCUGGGAAUGCCCUAUGACCUGGCCAUCGACAUGUGGUCCUUGGGUUGCAUCUUGGUAGAGAUGCAUACUGGAGAACCUCUCUUUAGUGGAGCCAAUGAGGUUGACCAGAUGAACAAAAUAGUCGAGGUUCUUGGCAUCCCACCUAAUCACAUAAUGGACCUAGCCCCCAAAGCCAGGAAGUUCUUUGAGAAGCUUUCGGAUGGUACAUGGAGUGUUAAGAAGACCAAAGAUGGCAAAAGGUAUAAACCUCCAGCUUCGCGGAAGCUCCACUCCAUCCUCGGUGUGGAAACAGGGGGUCCAGGUGGCCGGCGGGCAGGGGAGUCCGGCCACGCCGUUGCUGACUACUUGAAGUUCAAGGACCUGAUUCUUCGGAUGUUGGACUACGACCCCAAGAGUCGCAUCCAGCCCUACUACGCCCUGCAGCACAGCUUCUUCAAGAAGACUGCGGACGAGGGGACCAAUACGAGCAGUAGCGUGUCUACGAGCCCCGCGUUAGAGCAGUCCCAGUCUUCGGGAACCACCUCCAGCACCUCUUCAAGUUCAGGAGGAUCGUCUGGAACUAGUACCAGUGGCAGAGCGAGAUCAGACCCUACCCAUCACCACUUGCACAGUGGAGGACACUUUGGCACGACCAUGCCUGCCAUGGAUGGUGACAGCCUCUGUCCACAGGCAAGACAGCCUUACCCACCCCCACUGGUGUGGGGAGGCGGCGUCGGACCCGAGUCAGUCACUGGAGAAACCCACCCAGUCCAGGAGACCACCUUCCACGUUCCCCCCCAGCACCCCAAGGCCCUGCACCCCCACUCCCAUUUCCACCACCACCACGGGCAGAUGAUGGCGACGCGUCCGCGCCCGCGCCACUACACCUCCCCGACACACAGCUCUUCGACGCAGGACUCCAUGGAGGUGGUGCACGGCCACCUGUCCAUGACCUCCCUGUCUUCCUCUGCCUCCUCUUCCUCGACAUCGUCCUCUUCCACUGGGAACCAUGGGAACCAGGCCUACCAGCUCCGCCACUUGCCCGCCGGAGCCCUUGACUUUGGUCAGAACGGUGGGCUGAGCAUGGGGCUAGGUGCCUUCUCGAACCCACGGCAGGAGACUGGAAUGGCAGCGCACCCUGCAUUCUCCAUGGGCACGAACACGGGGCCUGGCCAUUACCUAGCAGAAGGCCACCUGGGCAUGAGGCAGGGCAUGGACCGGGAGGAGUCUCCAAUGACUGGAGUAUGUGUGCAGCAGAGUUCUAUGGCCAGUUCGUGACUGCACUGACAAUUUGGCUGUGUGUUUUGUUUGUUUUUUUUUUUUUCUUCAUUUUUUUUUCUUUCCUUUCCCUCCUCCUCUCCCCCCGUGCGUCAUUUUUAAAGGUGGUGUUUUUUACUACAAGGUGUGUUGAGAACAAAAAGCUGCUCACGUCAGAAGGGAGAUAUCACUGAACCGCUUCUACAGAGAAAAAAAAAAAAACAACAAACCCUUUGUUAAAAAGAAUAUAUGUAAUUUUUAUCUUUUUUUUAAUUAUUUUUGUUUUGUUUGUUUUUUUUUUUUUUGUUUUUUUUUGUUUCCUUUGCAAUCAUUAGGCACAAAAUAAUACUGCGGAAUAACCAUAGUGAGAUUGAGACAUCCAUCUUACCAUUUCACCAGUUUCAUGUAACCACAAAGUAAUCACCAUAUGGUAUUAUGUGGCAAAAAAUGUCUUUGUUUUGAAGGAGCAUUUCAAGAGCAAAGGUCGGAGCUCGUCUCUCAGCUAGCUUGUUGGUGAAGAAAUGCGCCGGCGUCCUCUUUAGGUUCAAACUGUGGAGCGCCUGACAUUACUCUUCCACUCGGUCAGUAAUUAUUUUUGCCCUUUCUUUUUUUUAAACUGAAAUUUCACAUAAAAGCUGCUUGUAAAUCCUGUAGCUUGACAACAAGGGGGAAGUGUUUUUGCGGUGAUAUUUCUU